UCUCACAGUGUUUUCGUGGCUCCGCAGUCGCAGCAGGGAAACGUCCGGAUCUCCAGAAACGAGUCCAAGGAGAUUCAUUUAAAGAACUGGAAACACCGGACAACCACCAACAGCUGUUGUUCCCGGAGUCACUCUGGCUGGAGGGGUUCACACUUCCUAACACAAACAGAUUCAGCUGGAGAACUCGGCAUGUCGCUGUGAAGCCACCAACAAAGGAUAACAGGAAAUAGGAGACAGAGAAUAAGCCGGGAACUUCAGAGAGGUUUGAUGAGGAAAAGAGUGUUGGAACUAUGAGAAAACUUCACGUCUACCCAAAGAAGACCACUUUAUAGAUUAAAAGUCUUUAAGUGAUCCUAGUGGAAGAGAGUAGGACAGAAGGAAAUUCCUAACCUAGUAACAGGAAGAGUUUUUCUUCAUGACGACCGGAGAGCCUGAAGACACUGAGACAUGUGGAGGACAGAUGAAGGCAGGACGGGGAGAUGGAGGAGGAGGAGGAGGAGGGAACACGAAGCUUCCUCUGUCUUUCACCACUCUCAGCACUAUCGCCAUCCAGGCCGGCCAAUCACUGAUUGUCGUCUCUGUCCUCAGGAGUGGGUCUCUGGUCCACCUCCAGCUGGUCCAGGUCCAUCCAGGCCUCUGUGAGAUCGGAUCGAACCAGGAGGAAAACCAGACGCUGAUUCAGGAGCAUCAGCAGCUGAUGGAGAAACUCAAGAAACAUGAGAAGGAAGUGCUGUCUGUGGUGGACAAGAGACAGGAGGAAGAGGAGCAAGUGUACAAGGCCAUGGGGGCGUCUCUGAACGAGGGGUGGUCGCUGCUCCUCCGUCUGCUGGAGAGACGCCAGGAAGUCCUGACGCUGGCUGCAGACUUUUACCACCGAGCGUUGGAGUUUGCUGUCAGUAUGGACGGAGUUGAGGAUCUGCAGAUCCGACCGGACGACGACCGACUGGCUGCAGCGCAGCUCACGUACGACUCCAUGAGGAGAGAUCUUCUGGGAAAGUCCCUGCAGGUUUUAACCAGCAGCAGCGUUCUGAUGCAGAAACUCAGACGGCUGCAGAGGACCGAGGCCCUCCAGAGGAGAGGAGGAGUCCUGCAGGACCAGGAGGACGAGGAGGACGAGAGUUCCCAGAGUUCCCGGAGCAGCAGGGGGGUGGCGUUACGGCUGGAGGAGCUGGUGGAGACGCUGCAGGAUCGGAGGAGGAGGGCGGAUCAGGCUGUCAGGCUGCAGCUCCAACAGGCGGAGAACGGCAUCAUGGUCCACAAGGAAGAGUCCAGAGAGGCCGGCCCUGAUCACUGGAGUCUCACUGUGGAGAAGAUCCUGGACCAAGACCUGCAGUCUGGAUCCACACCAGCAGAGAGCCCAGACCUGAAGACAAGAGAAACCAGUGACGUUGAACCUGGACCCAGGUUAGAUCUAAAACCUGGAUCCAGAUCAGAGGAGACCAAAAACCCACAGCCAAGAUCUGGAUCCAGAUCAGAGGAAAAUACAAACCUGAAAACUGGAUCCAGAUCAGAUCUGAAGCCUGGAUGUAGACCAGAGGAGACCAGGGAUCUUCAGUCAGGAUCCAGAUCAGAGCAAACCAAAAACCUAUGGCCUGAAUCCAGAUCACAGGCCACCAUAAACCCACAGCCUAGAUCCAGAUCAGAGGAAAGUCCAAACCUAAGAUCUGGAUCCAGAUCAGAGGAAAAUACAAACCUGAAAACUGGAUCCAGAUCAGAUCUGAAGCCUGGAUGUAGAUCAGAGGAGACUAGAAACCUGCAGCCUGAAUCCAGACUCGAACAGACCAAGGACGCACAGCCUAGAUCCAGAUCAGAGGAGACCAGAGACCUUCAGUCAGGAUCCAGAUCAGAGGCUGAAGACCUCAACCUGUCGGACCUGAGGAGGAAACAGGAAGAGAGCAAACGGCACAGAGCUGCUGCUACACCUGCCGCCAGCAGGCAGGCAGCGAGGCUGGAGGGCAUGCUGGGAAAAGAGACUCAAAGUGGAGAAGACCACGCCCACCAAGACCUUCUGACCAAUCAGAGGCAACAGCUGCUGUCGUCAUGUGAACUCCUCGUGGACAAGAUCUGGAGCUGGCUGCAGCAGGGCGGCAGUGUGUUGGCUAACAGCUGUGAAGCAGGACGGCAGCUCUCUGAGGCCGAAGACACUCUGAACACACACCUGCAGCUGCACACACAGGCUGAGUCUGCAGGUCACGAUGCAGAGAACAUGAAGCAGAUCCUGGAUCAGAUCAGAGCUCUGCACACAGAUUCAACCAGCACGACCAGUCCCCAUCCUCCCAGUGAACCCAGCAGACAGAUGUCCCCUCUGAAGGCCCUGACAGAGCAGCUGAAGAGAGGCAGCCAGACCAGAACCAGCAGCGCUCAGCCCGGUCCACCUGCCGCUGACCCAAACGGUUUACCGAGUCCAGAACUCGCUGGGCGAGUUAAUCUGAUCUUUAAGGAGCUGCAGAGUCUGAACAGAAAGAUCGACUCAAACCUGCAGCUGCUGCGACCCUACGUCACUUUCCUCAGGACGGCGCAGCAGGUGGAGGAGGAGCUGGAGGAACUGAGGGAGAUCUACAGAAGGAGACAGGAGGAGGAGGAGGAGGAGGAGUGGGAAGCUGGUAGCGGUAACAUCAGGACAACCACCAGUUCCAGGUCACACACAAAGAAGAUGCAGCAGGAAACGCUACAGAGGUUCCUCGAUGUUCAGGAUCUGGGAAACAACUACGUCCAUGCUGUUAGAACGGUGUCUGGAGCAGGGUUGAACCUGCAGUCUGUGGUGUCGAUGGUGCAGCAGACGAUGGAGCGACUCAGCAGAACCAAAGAGGAAGUGAACGAGCUGCUGAGUCACCAGCAAAUCCAGACCCAGCAGCAGCAGGAGUCCUGUAGAAAAUACCGGGAGAGACUGCUCAAGGCCCUGCAGGACUUGAACUGUGUCUCUAAACUGUUGGACUCCUGCACUCUGAUGGAUCUGGGUUCAGACCUGCACACCUCCAGACUGCUGGAGCACUUCAGCCAGGCCAGACCACAUUUUACACAACUAGACGCUGAGGUUGAGUACCUUGAGAGGAACCGGGAGACUCUGAGACAAGUCCAGGACAGGCUGGAGGUGAAGGAGUCAAAAGGAAGAGAAGUGACGGAGGAUGAUUUGUCAGAGCUGCUGGAGCUUCAGGAGAGAGUGAAGAACAAGAUCCAUCAGAGCGAGUCGAUCCUGGACCUGGCCAGCAGCUUCCACCUCUCAACCAAACAGCUGGAGGCGCUGCUGCAGUCAGACCCUUCAACUGAUUCCACUGGUUUAUGUGGAUCCGGUGAGGCUGGGCAGAAUCGACACAGAGAGCCGCAGAUCCAGAGUCUGUUUAAAUCGGCUUCAACACUGAAGACAGACAUCUGCACCGCCAUCGACCACAGCGGCUGGACAUGUUUCAGAGUGGAGCAGCUGGAGACUCGUCUCCUCUCUCUGGACUCUCUCCGUGUGUCGUGGCUGAAUGAAGCGGCUCGCCGUGAGGAGAAGCUCCGCAGAGAGACGCUCACCCGACUGCUCAACGGCGACGUCAACCAGCUUCGUGACUCCUUCAAGGAGCUGAAGAAGCGCUUCAGCAACCUGAAGUUUAACUACGUGAAGAGAAACGACCGGAGCAGAAACAUGAAGGCUGCCAGGAACCAGCUGCAGCAGGUGGAGAUGUACGACGAGAAGCUGCAGGCGCUCAGGAAACGUCUGCAGGGUGUGACGGCCCGGCUGGGGUCAGAGGUCAAAGACGGGGGCGUGGCCCGGGAGGUGGAGGACGCCAUCAACGAGCUGCAGAGGCAGAUGGGAGAGUUUGAGCGAGGGGUUGGCGAACACCAGAAAACACUGGAGAUGACCUGCAGACUGCAGCAGGCCAUGGAGGAGUAUCAGUUCUGGUGCGAGGAGGCGAGCGCCACCAUCGCUCGCGUCGGGAAGUUCUCCACCGAGUGUCGCAGCACAGAAGCCGUCUCCGUCCUCUACCGGCAGUUUGAGAAGUUCGUCUGGCCGACGGUUCCUCAGCAGGAGGAGAGGAUCAGUCAGAUCACGGAGCUGGCUGUCCGACUGCACGGGGUGGAGGAGGGGCGGCGGUACAUCGAGAAGACGGUCAGUAAACACUCGGAGAUGGUGGAGUCCAUCAGACAGCUGAGUGAUGGACUGAUGCAGCUGGAGGCCAAACUGAAGCUGGAGAGUCUGAAACAGCAGCAGAGCGACGGAGAGAAAGAGAUAAAGGACGAGACGGAGAGAAGGAGAGAGGAAGAAGAAGAAGAGAAGGACGAAGAGAAAGAGAAGCAGAAGGAAAACAGAAAGAUGAAGGAGGAGGAGGAGUCAGAUAACCGCAGCUCACAGGAGGCGGCUGACAUGUACGAGCUGAAGGAGACAGGCCACACCCCCGAACUGACCGCCGAACACGAUGGGAAGGAGGUUCCCAUGAAGAGGCAGACUGCAGCCAGUAGGAAGCCUCCGUUACGGAAGAACCGCAGUCAGGAGGCAGAGAGCAGUCACAAACAGCAGUUCUACAACGAGAGGUUGACCUCCUCCUACUGCUCCACCCACACCUUCAGCUUCUCCUGCUCCCCUGUGGAGGCCAACCGACGGAUCCACGCCAUCCAUAGCCACUCACAGCCUUUCGCUAUGGAGCCUCAGACCACACCCCCUCCCUCUGUGAUUGGCCCGUCGUUCUCUGACAUCCAGAGAGAGUUUCAGAGGAAGGAGAAGCCCGACUCUGCUUCCAGUGGAUCAAACAUGGCACCACUUCAGGAUGCAUCAGCAGGAGCCCUGUCGGAGGCGGAGCUCCAGCAACAGGAGAUGAUGACGGAGGAUUCUCUCUCCAAUGAUGAAUACGAGUGCGUGUCGCCUGACGACAUUUCUCUGCCGCCGCUAGCGGAGACACCAGAGUCCUUCAUGGUUCAGUCAGACGUGGAGGAGGGCUUCUGUUUCAGUUCCCACAGCGUCCACGUCAACCAGUACAGCCACCAGUACCGUGCCCAGUCAGAACACGGUGGGGCCGGUGCGGUCCGACAACAGAGAGAGUCCAGCAGGAGUUGUCCAACUCCUCCCACCGGUCCUCACAGCAACACCAGGUUCAGAUCAGAGUCCAGUUCGUUUGUCCAGAGUCCUGUAAUGGUUUCUGCUCCAAGCCUGGUCACCAGCAUACUGAAGACUGUAGAGAGCAGCACAGCCAACAUUCUGGGCAGCUCUGAGCCUAGCUUCCCCUCUGGAUCUAACCUAGGCCACAAAAGUAACACCCAAGACAGUUGCUCCAACAAGGACGACGUCCCUGAGAAGAGGAGUCCCUCACAAACUAAUCACAACAGUCAGUACAGGUAUCCUCAGAGGAGUACAGAUACCCAGGGUAAGAUCAUCCAGAAUGUUGCAUCCAAAGGUGAGACGUUGCCAGAGACUGAUCCCAUUCCCCAGGCUGCAGAGCUAAACCACAGCCCCACCCUCCCCCAGUCCAGCUAUUGUCCUCAGCCCUUUGAUGGUCCAGACCAUGAUCCCUGCAAGGACAAGACCCCUCCACAAGACACCUGGAUCCUCAAAUGCAGCACUACUUUUCCUCAAGACAACAGUUUCCCACAGUCCUUUCCUGAGUCUGAGCAUGACCUCAAUCAGGACUUAAAUUUCUUCCAAACUAGGAAGGAAACAUUCCCACUCACCAAACUUCAAAGGGACAGUGUUGCCAACAUCAGCACCAGUACAAUCAGCCAGCAGACCAUUUAUUUCAAGUCCUCCCCUUCAGUCAAUAGUAGCACCUUGCCACAGGCUAGCAGCAGCCUCACUUCACCCCAAGAAUGCCCCGUAUCCCAGAAUGAGACCAUGCCACGGGUCGAUCCGGUCCCCCAGGCCAGAGGGUUUGCUCAGAGCCCCAGCCUCACAGACUCUGUUCUGCUUAAAGACAAAUUCCGUGCAACUUGCCCACAAACCAGCACAAUCAUCCCUCAGGACAACAUUCUUCCACAGUCUUUUCCUGAUUCCAGGAGUGGUGUUGAUCUGGAUUUACUUUCCUCCCGAACCAGCAAGGAAACAUCCUCAGUCUCCAUUCCCCAAAGCAGCAGCCUUAAUACAACCACCGUCACCCAACAAACCGUUUACCGUCAGUCCUUCCCUCCAAACAGUCAGUGCGAUGUGCCGCCGGCUAGCAGCUCCUUCAACCAGGCUGGUGGAGGUCUACCUGAGGUCCAUGCCCCGAUUCUUUCAGAACCAAACCGUGUCAGCACCAUCAUUACAUCCAGCAGUGCCAUCAACAGCACUAACAGAUUCAGCAGCAAGCAGAGCCACCAGACAGUCUUCUCCCCCCAUAAGUCCCUGACCUCCACCUGUACCCAGCAGUGUGUGCAUGACUCUGGCAUGACCCCCAGCAGUACUGCCAAGCCCGCUGCUCCUCCACAGCCAGAAGCACAGACCCAAGCUUUGGCCCGGCAGGCUAAUCUGCAUGUCACCCCCCUUUCCUCUCAACCUCAUCUACUAACUCCAGACCAAGACUCAAACAUUUGUCAGCCCAUGGCCAUCCGUGAGGAGAUCAGGCUUACUCCUCAGAUCCAAGGGCCUGCCCUUCCUGCUCCUCCUCCUCUUCCCCAGGCCCAGGCAGAGUCUCUUCCCCAGGGAAAAGCCUCUAAACCUGGCCCUCCCUGCUUCACCAGGCCCCUGUCUAGAGCUACCGUCAUGGGGGGCUCUCCAGUGACACUAGAGGUGGAGGUGACGGGACAUCCAGAGCCCGCGCUCACCUGGUUUAAAGAUGGAGACGCGUCCGCCGCCGGCCCCGGCCGAGCACCGGCCCGCGAGGACGAGAAACACUUCCUGUUUAUCCCAGAGGCGUCUGACUCAGGUGGCGGGUUAUACGAGGCCGGGGCUGCCAACCAUCACGACCCGCGGCGGGCAGCUAACAGCAGCAGCAGUGAUAAGUGGCUGGUGGCCGAAGUGUUUGAUAUCAUCAGUGAGGACUGGCAGACCUGGUUUGGGACACUGUGUGUUGUGCUGUGGCUCCUCUACCUGAUAGUACUCUGAGAACUCUUUUCCACCACGGGAACUUAACAACCUCAAACCACAAGAACCUGCAAGGCUUUGGUGUUUCAAACAAGAAUGUUUUGGGUAUUCGUCAUUAAAAAGGCAACAUCAGGCCAAGUGUUUAAUUUUUAUGUGCUUUUGGUAGGAAAGAGCAGAAAAAGUGUGGCCAAUAUUUGUUUUCUUUCACAUUUGCACAUCCUGAGUUUUAAACAUCAGUAUCAUUAAUGGCAGAGGAGGAGAGGACGCUGACAGAGGAAGCUAAGAAGACAAAAAGAGAGAGAGAAAAAGAAAGCUGUUGGACGUUGGCGAGAGCUUCGUGAAGUUCCAGGUUGUUAAUUUGCUGUCAGAGUUUCUUAACCCUGGGGCCCAGACCCCAUGAGGGAAAGUUCAGAUUUGUAGGAUUGUUUAUUAAAACAUACUGUACGUAUUGGAAAUAUAUUAAUGGGUCAGAAAAAUGCAGAUCAUUUUAAAAGGAGGAGGUCAGAACCGAUAUGGGACCUAAAAUCUGUGUAAAAUAUCUGAGUUCAAUCUGAAUGGAACCUAUAUGGAAGCUCAUUUCUGUCAAGAAAAAAAAACAAAUGAUGGAAAGUUAAAGAAUCACAAAAACACAAGAUGUUUAUAGUUUAAAUCACAACUAUAUAUUAAUAAAAAUAAUAAUAAAACUAAUAAAACUUUUGACACAAAGUUUCACUUUCUAUGUAAUAUUAAGGUUUAAUCUUGACACAGUCAAAAUUAUACUAUAAUAAUUAUAUUAAAGUAAAUCAAAAUUAUGGGAUGCUAAAUAAUAACUUUGAGAUACAUUUUUUGAUUUAGCUGUAAAUAUUGCCUCAUCUCAGAAUUAAGACUAAAUGUCUUCUAAAAAAUUAAACAUUAUGCCUUUUUUACUUUACUUGGCAGAAAUGGGAUAAUUAUUUUAUUCUGGGGGGUUUUCUCCUUCACAUCAAUACAGUCAGUUUUCUCCCAGCGGCCUCUUGUGGACGUUAGGAGUUUUUCUCUGCUCUCUCACCUGAUGAACAACAGAAUCUGGUUUCAAAUCUGUCGUGGACUUGAGUCACUCAUCACUGAACUGCUUUUAUUUCAGCAGAAUGUAACCGUUGAAUAAAGUCAUGCUGAAUGUGUUUGUGCAUCAUUUGUUACCAGUGAUAUUUUUGAUAAACACCACAAAAAAAGGUGUGACUUUGUUUUUUUAUGUUGACCUGCAAAUAUGUUUCCCCUGAGUGACUGGGGGAAAAGCACAUAGAAAUAAGCUUUCUUUUAUUGAUUGCAAUUUCCUAUAUUGAUCCCAUUUAGCUUACCAGGAGUAGGGUAACAUGGGGUGAGACGCACCCCCCACGGUAAUUCUAACAAAAAACACAAAAUGUCACAGUUUGUUUUUCUCAACAUUUCUUCUGGUUGCCGCUCGUCUCGCUGAACUAAAAAACUUCCUGUC